AUGAACACAGGCUCUCAAAUCCGCCUGUUACUGUGGAAGAACUGGACCCUCCGCAAGAGACAGAAGGUCCGCUUCCUGGUGGAGAUCAUCUGGCCCGUGUUGUUAUUUGUUGGUUUGGUUUGGCUAAGGAAGGCUAAUCCUCUGUACCAACAACAUGAGUGUCAUUUUCCAAACAAGGCCAUGCCGUCAGCAGGGAUUCUCCCCUGGAUACAGGGCAUCUUCUGCAACGCCGACAACCCCUGCUUCAAAUAUCCCACCAGAGGGGAGUCUCCGGGUGUUGUCUCCAACUACAACAACUCAGUAUUGGCACGGUUCUAUGUUGAUGCCCAGGAGCUUCUGCUCAAUGAAACUGAGGUCCGGCAGCUCGGCCGUGUUUGGCAGGAGAUGUCAUCCUUUGCUAACUUCAUGGACUCGUUGCGCAACAACCCAUCUCUGCUGACAGGUCGUGGGCUGAAGAUAGAUGACAUGCUGAAGGAUGAUGAAGUUUUCACAGCCUACCUUUUGCGAGAUGUUCCCCUCUCAGAAUCCAUCGUCUACCAGCUUGUUAAUGCGAAAUUACGACUGGAACAGUUUGCCUUCGGCAUCCCAGACCUGCAGCUGAAAGACAUAGCCUGCAGCCAGGCCCUGCUGGAGCGCUUCAUCAUCUUCCCCAGUCGCAUGGGGCUCCAAGGGGUCCGCAAUGCCAUGUGUGCCCUCAGCCGGCAGAGCUUGCAGAAGAUAGAGGACGUCCUUUACGCUAAUAUGGACUUCUUUAAAAUCUUCAAACUGAUGCCUCAGGUUGUGGACAGCAGCUCACAGGGGAUCGACCUGCACUUCUGGGGUCGUGUUCUUAAGGCACUGUCGGAGAGGAUCCAAGUUUUGAUGGAGAGGGAGAGCUCUCAGGAACUCCUGCAGAGGCUUUCCUCUCUGUUUCAAGACGGGGUACCCUCCACGUUCACUCAGAUGAUGUCCAGUGUGUCUAACCUCUUCUGUGGAUACCCAGAGGGAGGCGGGUCCAGGGUCCUGUCCUUUAACUGGUACGAAGACAAUAACUACAAGGUGUUUCUGGGAGUCAAUGGAAGCAAGAGCCAAAGCUUUGUCUAUGACGACUCUACCACUCCUUUCUGCAACGCCCUGAUGCAGACGCUGGAGUCCAACCCCAUCACAAAAAUCGUGUGGAAUUCAGUCAAGCCCCUGCUGAUGGGAAAGAUCCUGUACACCCCUGACUCCCCUGCCGUCCACAAGAUAUUAAAGAGUGCCAAUACAACAUUUGAGGAGUUAGAGAGACUGCAGAACAUGGCCAAGGCCUGGGAGGAGUUGGGGCCUCAGCUCUGGGCUUUCUUCCAGAACAGUGUCCAGAUGAACAUGAUCAGGGACACCCUGAGAAACCCAACAGUGAUGAACUUCAUGGACAACAAUCUGCAGGACACUAACUUCACCACUAAAGAUAUUCUGAACUUCCUGUAUAAUGGUCCAGAGGACUGGAGGGAGCCAGGGAUGCCCAACUUUGACUGGAGAACAAUUUUUAAUAACACAGACCAGAUGAUACGCAUGUUCAACAAGUAUGGAGAGUGCAUCAAUCUUGAUAAGUUUGUGGCUUUCACGGAUGAGUCACAGAUGAUCCACCAGGCUUUGCACCUGCUGGAGCAGAAAAAGUUCUGGGCCGGUGUGGUCUUCAUAGACAUGUACCCCUGGACCACAACUGUCCCCCCACACGUCAAGUACAAGAUCCGCAUGGACAUCGACGCAGUGGAGCGAACCAAUAAGAUCAAAGACAGGUACUGGGACCCAGGCCCCAGAGCAGACCCCAUGGAGGACCAGAGGUACAUCUGGGGGGGCUUUGCCUACCUGCAGGACAUGAUCGAACACGGCAUCAUUAAACUACACACAGGCAAUGACUGGCCGCUCGGGGUCUACGUCCAGCAGAUGCCAUACCCGUGCUAUGUAGAUGACCUCUUCAUGAUCACUCUGAACCGCUGCUUCCCCCUGUUCAUGGUGCUGGCCUGGAUCUACUCUGUGUCCAUGACUGUGAAGAGCAUCGUGCUGGAGAAGGAGUUGCGCCUUAAGGAGACUCUCAAAGUCAUGGGAGUCCACAACGGAGUCAUUUGGUACACAUAUUUCAUCGACAGCUUCAUCAUGAUGACUGCAAGCACAGCGCUGCUCACCGCCAUCAUCAUGGGUGGAAAGGUGCUAAACUACAGCAACCCCCUCCUCGUCUUCUUCUUCCUGCUGACCUUCACUGUCACCACCAUCAUGCAGUGUUUCCUGAUGAGUGUUUUCUUCAACAAGGCAAACCUGGCAGCUGCCUGCAGCGGUAUCAUCUACUUCACGCUCUAUCUGCCGCACAUCCUCUGCUUUGCCUGGCAGGAUCGCAUCACCAAGAACAUGAAACUGGCAGCUAGCUUGUUGUCUCCAGUUGCUUUUGGCUUCGGCACAGAGUACCUGUCCCGUUAUGAGGAGCAGGGCUUGGGUCUGCAGUGGGACAACAUCCAGACCAGCCCGUUAGAGAAGGACAAGUACUCCUUCCUCACUUCGGUCCUCAUGAUGGUGUUUGAUGCUAUCCUUUACGCCGUCCUGGCCUGGUAUCUGGAUAACGUCUUUCCAGGACAGUACGGUAUUGGUCGCCCAUUUUACUUCCCAUUCCAGCCCUCAUACUGGCAAAGUUCUGCAUCCUCAGACACAGAAAUAACUGAUGAAGAUCUUGACAAACAUGAGACAAACAACAUUGAGGUGGAUUUGGAGAGCAGAGGAACACCAGAGAUGAACCACUGCAACGGCUCAGCCAGCAAGAAAACCUGUAAGCACCAGAGUAAGAGAGAACGACUGGAGAGAGAGAGGGAGAUGCUGAGGAAACAAGAAGAAACUCCGAAUCAGGAAGAGGAGGGACAGGAGGAGGGGACUGAAGGUCAGCUGUUCUUUGAGGCGGACCCGAUGAGUCUGGUGAUGGGCGUGCAGAUUCACAACCUGGUGAAGAUGUUUGGUGGAGGCUCUCGUCCCGCCGUCAACGGCCUCAACAUCAACUUCUAUGAGAGCCAGAUCACAUCCUUCCUGGGGCACAACGGGGCUGGAAAAACCACCACCAUGUCCAUCCUGACCGGCCUGUAUCCUCCCACAUCCGGCACAGCAUACAUCAAUGGGAGGGACAUCAGAACUGACAUGGACACCAUCCGCUCAUCUCUGGGGAUGUGUCCUCAGUACAACAUCCUCUUCAAACACCUCACUGUAGAGGAGCACAUCCUCUUCUACUCUCUGCUGAAAGGUCGGACUCAGGAGGAGGCAGGGAGGGAGUUGGAGGACAUGCUGGUGGACCUGGGGCUGCCGCACAAGAGAGACGACGAGGCUCAGAACCUCUCAGGUGGCAUGCAGAGGAAACUAUCAGUAGCCAUGGCAUUCGUAGGAGGGUCAAAGGUCGUGAUCCUGGAUGAACCCACUUCGGGAGUGGAUCCCUAUUCCAGGAGAUCCAUCUGGGACCUCCUGCUGAAAUAUAGAACUGGUCGGACGGUGAUUCUGUCCACUCAUCACAUGGACGAGGCCGACCUGCUGAGCGACCGCAUCGCCAUCAUCUCUAAAGGACAACUCCACUGCUGCGGAUCCCCCCUCUUCCUCAAAAACUGCUUUGGAGUUGGUUUCUAUUUGACUCUUGUGCGCCGGAUGAAGGAUCUCAAAAAGAAGGAGAACGAUUGUGACUGUGCCUCAGACUGCUCCUGUUCCUGCUCCAUCUGUACCAGAUAUAAAGACCAGUCUCAAAACCAGUCCCAGCAUCUAGACAGAGUCCUGGAUGGGGACAUAGACAGCAUCACUAACCUUAUACACCACCAUGUCCCUGAAGCCAAACUGAUCGAGACCAUUGGCCAGGAGCUGACCUACCUGCUCCCAAACAAGGGCUUCAAACAUCGGGCGUAUGCCAGCCUGUUCAGGGAGCUGGAGGAGACGCUCAUGGACAUGGGCCUCAGCAGCUUCGGCAUCUCUGACACGUCGCUUGAAGAGAUCUUUAUAAAGGUCACUGCAGAUGGAGAAGCAGCGAGUCAUGCCACUACUCCUGAGCAGUGGAUGUUGAACUGGAGGAAAAAAAACUGCAUGGUCGGUGAUGAAGAACAUAAUGGUGUGGCUAACGGCACUACCCACGGUGCCUCAGACAGCAGCGCAGGACGAGGAUCCCGGCAGGUGAAAGGGUUCACUCUGGUCCUGAAGCAGUUCCACGCGCUGCUGGUGAAGAGGUUUCAUCACGCCACAAGAAGCAAGAAAGACUUCAUGGCUCAGAUCGUUCUUCCUGCCAGUUUUGUCCUCAUAGCUCUGGUCUUCACCAUGGUCGUUCCUCCUUUUGGAGAGUAUCCAAGUCUGACUCUGACUCCCUGGAUGUACGGACAGCAGUUCACCUUCUUCAGCAACGAGCAACCGUUCGACCCCAAAAUGAAGCGCUUUGCAGAUCGCUUACUGAACAGACCCGGCCUAGGGACUCGCUGCAUGGAGGGGGAACCACUCGGAUUGUCGUGUAGUAACAGCACCUCAGAGUGGGAGGACCCUGAUGUCUCCCCUGCGAUCACCACAGUCUCACAGAGUCCAGAGUGGAACCAGAGAAACCCGUCUCCGUCCUGUCAGUGCAGCACCAGUGAGAAACUUACCAUGAUGCCCAUUUGUCCAGCUGGAGCGGGAGGUCUGCCCCCGCGUCAACGAAUCGAGGCUUCAGGAGACACGAUGCUGGAUAUGACAGACAGGAACAUCUCUGACUUCCUGGUCAAAACGUACCCAAGUCUCAUCAGAGAAAGUUUGAAGAGCAAAUACUGGGUGAAUGAACAAAGGUAUGGAGGUCUGUCAGUAGGAGGACAGCUUCCCAUCCUCAACGUCAGCCCUCAAAACAUUCAGGACGUCUUUCACCAGCUGGGAGAAAUGCUCAACAUCACAGGGGGUCACUAUUCUGGACUUGCACUGAGGGAGAUCGGUCCUUUCUUACGAUACAUGGAGAGUGAAUUCAAUGUAAAGGUUUGGUAUAACAACAAAGGCUGGCACGCCAUGGUGGCGUUCAUGAAUGUGGCCAAUAACGCCAUCCUGCGGGCUUUUCUACCCCGGUCUGCAAAACCUGUCGAGUUUGGCAUCACCGCCAUCAACCACCCUCUAAACCUCACCAAAGAGCAGCUGUCUGAAGUCACAGUGUUGACCACUUCAGUUGAUGCCGUGGUGGCGAUCUGUGUUAUUUUCGCCAUGUCCUUCAUCCCUGCCAGCUUCGUCCUCUACCUCAUCCAGGAGCGAGUGACCAAGGCCAAACACCUGCAGUUUGUGAGCGGGGUCAGCCCUCUGGUGUACUGGGUGGCCAACUUCUUCUGGGACAUGAUGAACUACACCCUCAGCACCGCAAUGGUGGUUGGCAUUUUCAUGGCUUUUGACAAAAAGUGUUACACGUCACCGUCCAACCUGCCCGCACUGAUUACACUGCUUCUUCUAUAUGGGUGGUCAGUGACACCCAUGAUGUAUCCCAUGUCCUACUUAUUCAACAUCCCCAGUACAGCGUACGUGUCGUUGUCCUGCAUCAACCUUUUCAUAGGCAUCAACAGCAGCGCCAUCACCUUCAUCCUCGAGCUCUUUGAAAACAACCGGUCUUUGCUGAUGUUCAACGAGUGGCUAAAGAAAGGUCUGCUGGUGUUCCCUCACUUCUGCCUGGGGCGAGGGCUGAUCGACAUGGCCAUGAACCAGGCUGUUACUGAUGUCUAUGCCAGAUUUGGUGAGGAGUUCACACAGGACCCUUUCCGCUGGGACUUUGUGGGGAAAAACAUUGCCUUCAUGGCCGUGGAGGGCUUCGUCUACUUCAUCCUCAAUCUUCUGAUCCAGUACCGCUUCUUCGUGGACCACUGGUUAACGGAGAAAAAGCAGGGUCCAAGCAAAGGCGAGGAUGUUGAUGUAGCCGCAGAGAGGCAGAGAAUUUAUGAAGGAGGGAGCAACACAGACAUUCUGCAGAUCAGAGACCUCUCUAAGACGUAUGUGGGCAGGAAGAGGGCAGCUGUGGACCGGAUUUGUGUUGGUGUUCCUGCAGGAGAGUGCUUUGGUCUCCUGGGAGUUAAUGGAGCUGGAAAGACAACAACCUUCAAAAUGCUGACUGGUGACACCGAUGUCAGCUCUGGGGAGGCGACUGUCGGAGGUUACAGCAUCCUGACAGAGAUUCUGGACGUGCACCAGAACAUGGGCUACUGCCCUCAGUUUGACGCCAUCGAUGAGCUCCUAACCGGCAGGGAGCAUCUGUACCUGUACGCUCGUCUCAGAGGGGUACCUGAGUCUGAGAUCCCCAGAGUGGCAGAGUGGGGCAUCCAGAAACUGGGUCUGUCAGAGUACGCCAGCCGCUGUGCAGUGACCUACAGCGGAGGCAACAGGCGCAAACUCUCCACGGCCAUUGCCAUGAUUGGCUGCCCAGCGCUGGUUCUGCUGGACGAGCCCACGACGGGGAUGGACCCUCACUCUCGACGCUUCCUGUGGAAUGCCAUCAUGAGUGUGAUACAGGACGGCAGGGCGGUGGUGCUCACAUCACACAGUAUGGAAGAGUGUGAGGCCCUCUGCACUCGAUUGGCAAUCAUGGUCAAUGGGACCUUCAAGUGUCUGGGCACCAUCCAGCAUCUCAAAUACAAAUUUAGCGACGGCUAUGUAGUGACCAUGAAAAUCAAGGCAGCUAAGGCGGGCUCGUCCCCGGACCUGGAGCCUGUGGAGAGCUUCAUGGAGAGCUCCUUCCCUGGCGCUGUGCAGAGGGAGAAGCACUACAACACGCUGCAGUACCAGAUCGCCACCUCCUCUCUAGCCAGGAUAUUUCAGCUGGUGGUGGCCAACAAAGAGAGGCUCAACAUCGAAGACUACUCCGUUUCCCAGACAACACUGGACCAGGUGUUUGUCAACUUUGCCAAGCAACAGACAGGAGAGGACGAAGACGUCACGUUACAAAAACGAACAGGAAGAAAAGACGUAAAGAUCUCACCUGUGCAGAGAAAAACAUGAACAUUUCUCCUGUUAAUGAACAGAAACACAAAUGUAGAUGUGUUACUCUGCUGGGCAAUAAUAUGACUUCACAUUUGAAUGAAUUAAAUAGCCAAAUUGCUUCAUUAGAGAUUCUUUAAGACAAGCCUUGUCGGUUUUCUACCAAAGUCAGAGGUAGAAAAUAAUCAUCUUCCAAAGCACAGAAUACUGUUAUACAUUUUUUCUGUAAAUAGAUGAUCAAAAAUCAUGCAUGUGUGUCUGACACAUUACUUUGACUUGACGUCAGAUGUGUGAACAGCAGAAACUGCUUCAUCUGAGAUAUGGAAGAGACAGAUAUAAAUUUCACUGGCCUGUAUACAUUUGUACAUACUGUAUGUGUAAUGAAUGCUUCAAGGGUUAGUGCAAUCUUUUGAAGUGGGGUUGAAUGUAGUGCUUAUUACCAAUAACAGUCAGUGCGCUGCCUUCAGUAGAAGGUGAUGGGCUUUUUGCUGUUUUGAAGCCUUCAGCUUUAAAGUAUGUUGGCUGCCCUCUUGCUUCUUUUGUUGUUCAGAUUUUGGUACUUGGUUAGCAAGUCAGGCAAUCACAUGGACACAUUUUCUUUUAAGGAAUAACAAGGAAAGACUUUUAACAGUGAAGAUGCUUUCAUAGUUCUUGUGACAUUAAACUAAUUUCAAUUACAAAUGUUGCCCUCAAAAAAUCAGCCAUCUUUGUAAAUUUGUUUUAAGUAAGCCAAUUGUUGACCUCGAUCCCAGUGGUACUGCCUUCACUUACAUGAUUGCCACACCCUGUUCUCUUGUGUUUCAUGCUUAAAGGGAUACAGCAGACUUACAACAUCUAAAAUCAUGAGCUCUGUGACGACAUUAUGUUGAGGAAGAAGAGGCUUAUAUUCCUGCAGACUUAAAUACAAAUUACGGGUGCCGUUGGCCUAGCGGUCUAAGUGCUCGCCCCAUGUAUAGUGGCUAUAGACCUUGUUGCAACAGUCACCGGUUUGACUCCCGGCCUUGACCAUUUGCUGCAUUACUUCCCCCUCUCUCUACUCCCCACAUUUCUUGUCUCUCUUCAGCUGUCCUAUCAUAUCAAGGCGAAAAAUGCCCAGAAAUAUUAAAAAAUAUAUCAUAAUAAUUAAAAUGAGUGGAGUCGCCCCCUGCUGGCCAUUUGAAAUAAUGCAAGAACUCCUCUUUGAUUUACCUUUCAGACCUGAAGGCUUCGACUACUUCUCAUUUACAGUUCAUGAGAAACACAUACGCAUAUAUUUACUACAUAAUGACAACUAAAAAGAGGCCUCCUUAAUAAUUAUUCAGUAGGUUUUGCCAUCGAUCAUCAGACAGUUCAUUUUCUUAAAUCUCUACUUCUCAAGUGAUGAUGUACCAGUCGUCUUCUACUGUAGCUGAUACAUUGACUAUAAACAAAUCACUCAAGCAACCUCACUACAAAACCUCCAAACUAACCUUUUGAGUACAUUAGAAUCAGUAUUUUUUUAAGUUUACAGUAACGCACACACCUCAAUUUUAUGUGACAUAUGUAAACAAACAUCAGUCAACAAUUAUUUCCAUUCUUCUCAGACCUGUUGUACAUGAAAGUAUUACACUCUCCAUUGUCAGUACAAAGUAGGAGAACACACUCCUCUUCAAGGAUUGAUCGAUGGGGGGGAAAGGUUAUUAAAUACUGCUGUGGAUAAAGAGGAAUUAUAUUUUGUAUGACCUAAUUAAAACUACAACAUGCUUUAUACUUCAUACUCUGCACAGUGUUGACUAGCUGAUUUGUACUGCAUCAUCACACCCAAAUAAACCGUAUAAAGUUUCUUUA